AUGCAGAUCUUCGUGAAAACCUUGACUGGCAAGACCAUCACUCUUGAGGUCGAGUCCAGCGACACCAUCGACAACGUCAAGUCCAAGAUCCAGGACAAAGAGGGCAUUCCUCCCGACCAGCAGCGCCUCAUUUUCGCCGGCAAACAGCUCGAGGAUGGCCGGACGCUGAGCGACUACAACAUCCAGAAGGAGUCGACGCUGCACCUGGUCCUCCGUCUCCGCGGUGGCAUGCAGAUCUUCGUGAAAACCUUGACGGGGAAGACGAUCACGCUCGAAGUUGAGUCGUCCGACACGAUCGACAACGUCAAGAGCAAGAUCCAGGACAAGGAAGGCAUCCCGCCGGACCAACAGCGCCUGAUCUUUGCGGGCAAGCAAUUGGAGGAUGGCCGAACUCUCUCCGACUAUAACAUCCAGAAGGAAUCGACGCUCCACCUGGUGCUCAGAUUACGCGGCGGCAUGCAGAUCUUUGUGAAAACUUUGACGGGAAAGACGAUUACGCUGGAGGUGGAGAGCUCGGACACGAUCGACAACGUCAAGAGCAAGAUUCAGGACAAGGAAGGCAUUCCGCCGGACCAACAGCGCCUGAUCUUUGCCGGCAAGCAGUUGGAAGACGGCCGGACGCUGUCUGACUACAACAUCCAGAAGGAGAGCACUCUACACUUGGUCUUGCGGUUGCGUGGCGGCCAGUAG